CGUCGAGCUCGCGACCCAGCGGCUGGGGCGCGUUCACGUGGAACCUAUAAACGGACUUGGCGCGCGGAGCUGUGAGUAGUCGUGGAGAGAGGAGAAGAGGAUAUAGUCAAAGUGUGGCAGAGGAUAGCAUCUGUAGCGCUGUGGGAGAUAACCUGACACAGAUGCAGCGGGGAUGCUCAAAAUGACAUUAGAACAAACUUUUUCCUCUCUUUUUUGUGCCACAUAGCCAUCCACAUUUACUGCCCAAGGUGAUAUGUGAGCAAGAAGAGUGCAGCCAUGCAGCUGAAUGAGACUGGAGUUCAAACACUGGCUCCAGAGCCAUGUGAGCAGCAAAUACUACAGGAGGACAACUCUGGGAACUGCAGCGGAGGUUCCACCAGCAACCUGUCGCUGCACUGCUGGCUCCAGCUCCUCACCAAGGAAUCUAUCAUGGAAUUUCAAGGAGACAGCUCCAGUGUGGUGGUGCGUGUGAUGAUAGCAUGUGUCUACUCUAUAGUCUGUGCGCUCGGGCUGGUGGGGAACUCACUGGCUCUGUAUCUGCUGCACUCACGUUACAGGCAGAAGCAGUCGUCCAUCAACUGCUUUGUGAUGGGUCUGGCUAUCACAGACCUCCAGUUUGUUCUCACUCUGCCUUUCUGGGCAGUGGACACAGCCCUGGACUUCCGCUGGCCAUUUGGCCGCGUCAUGUGCAAAAUCAUCAGCUCUGUCACCACCAUGAACAUGUACGCCAGCGUGUUCUUCCUCACUGCCAUGAGCGUGGCGCGCUACUAUUCCAUCUCCUCUGCGCUCAAGAUGCACAGUCGGCGGGCAGCAGCCGCCAGAGCCAAGUGGACAAGCUUGGGCAUCUGGGCUGUCUCUCUGCUGGCCACUUUGCCUCAUGCCAUCUACUCCACCAGCGCCCAGGUGUCAGAUGAAGAGCUAUGUCUGGUGCGCUUUCCAGACUCAGGCAGCUGGGACCCGCAGCUUCUUUUGGGUCUGUACCAGCUGCAGAAGGUUCUGCUGGGCUUCCUUAUUCCUCUGAUCAUAAUCACUGUCUGCUAUCUGCUGCUACUCCGCUUGAUCCUCACCCGACGCGUGGCAGGCGCAGCGUGCCCAGAGACUGAGCAGGGCCGGCAAAACCGCCGCUCCAAAGUCACCAAAUCCAUUGUCAUCGUGGUCCUGGCCUUCUUUCUGUGCUGGCUUCCCAACCAGGCACUGACUCUGUGGGGAGUGCUCAUAAAGUUUGACCUUGUACCCUUCAGCAAGGCUUUCUACAACGCGCAAGCCUACGCUUUUCCCCUGACUGUGUGUUUGGCGCACACCAACAGCUGUCUCAACCCCGUGCUCUACUGCCUGACCCGCAGGGAGUUCAGGGCAGGUCUCAAGGAACUACUACUCCACGCCACUCCGUCCUUCAGGAGGCUGACCCACCUGCUGCGUCGCAAGGCCAAAGUGGCCGAGGCACCACCAGUUCUGGUGCUGGUCCAGAUGGAUGUCUGACCGGAGGACUCGCUUAGCUGUGACAGAGCAGCUGAUGGAAGGAGUGACUGACUCACAAAGUAAAUAAGCCAAAAACUGCCUGUAACACUGUUCAUCUGGAGCUAUUUACCGUGAAGGUGCGUUUAUCUCAACCCUGUCAACACAGAAAGUCAACUUUCUCUCUGGCUUUUGAAAGCAACAUAAUCAGAAUGGACCCCCACCACCCCAUGAGGGAUGUGCCCCACUUUCACUGCGUGCUCCCAGAUUCACUCCGCCGCAAUUGUUUUUAUUCAUUAUGCAGUGACUUUCCCGCUGUUUAUCUCUCUGUUUCUCUCUCUGCCUUUAACAGACAAUACUUGUACUGCUCUCUGUUAAACUUUCAUGAAUAUGUAUAGAUGUGAAUCUGAAAUGAGCUUUAAAUAGUUCCAGCUUUCAGACACAGCUGAGAUGAGCUUAGUUAAAUACAGCAGACCUCAAUUAAUUUCAGUCAUGAGUGGCAUUAACUAUUCUUUACACUCACGUAAGGAUGAAAACCACCAAGUACAGUGUGUGAGUAAUUCACUGAUAAAACUCUCUGACUGUCAA